GUCCUCGUCGCCAAUUUCUAGCUCUACGGUCUCGACAUCCCACGACCAAAAAAAGUUCCUUGUGUCUCAGCACUUUUGGCCUCGGAAACCACACUCACAAUGUCUACCGCAGAGCUGGCAACGUCCUACGCGGCGCUCAUCCUCGCUGAUGAUCGCGUUGAGAUCACGGCCGAUAAGAUUAACACUCUCAUCAAGGCCGCCAACGUCGUCGAUGUCGAGCCGAUCUGGGCCUCAUUAUUCGCCAAGGCUCUCGAGGGCAAGGACGUGAAGGACCUCCUGUCCAACGUCGGCUCCGGAGGUGGUGCCGCUUCUGCCCCUGCAGCGGGCGCUGCUGCUGCUGGCGGCGCUGCGGUUGUUGAGGAGACCAAGGCCGAGGAGAAGGUAGAGGAGAAGGAGGAGUCCGACGACGACAUGGGGUUCGGUCUCUUCGACUAAGCGACUUGGCGUUGACACCCUCG